AUGUUUCCUACAUUCCGUCUAUCCCCACUAAUUUGGUCAUUCUCAUCUUUGGUAUCUUCCUCAGACGCUGACUGUGCAGAUGAAUGUUGGCCUUCCGAUCCACAAGUCAUUCUGACCCUCAUUUCGCUACCAGACGAUGUGUCACUUUCGUCUUACCCCGUAACGGCUGAUUCGUUGCGCCUGCGAAGCCUCUUUCUCUCUUUUUCCUUUUAUUUAUUGUUAUUUCUUUCUUUCUUUCUCUUCCCUUUUAUUUAUUCUUAUUCUCUUUCUUUCUUUCUCUUCCCUUUUAUUUAUUCUUAUUCUCUUUCUUUCUUUCUCUUCCCUUUUAUUUAUUCUUAUCCUCUUUCUUUUUCUUUUUUUCCUUUUUUAUUCUUUCUUUCUUUCUUUCUCUUCCCUUUUAUUUAUUCUUAUCCUCUUUCUUUCUUUCUCUUCCCUUUUAUUUAUUCUUAUCCUCUUUCUUUUUCUUUUUUUAAUUUAUUAUUCUUUCUUUCUUUCUUUCUCUUCCCUUUUAUUUAUUCUUAUCCUCUUUCUUUCUUUCUUUUCCCUUUUAUUUAUUGUUAUUUCUUUCUUUCUUUCUCUUCCCUUUUAUUUAUUCUUAUUCUCUUUCUUUCUUUCUCUUCCCUUUUAUUUAUUCUUAUCCUCUUUCUUUCUCUCUUUUUCCUUUUAUUUAUUGUUAUUUCUUUCUUUCUUUCUCUUCCCUUUUAUUUAUUCUUAUUCUCUUUCUUUCUUUCUCUUCCCUUUUAUUUAUUCUUAUUCUCUUUCUUUCUUUCUCUUCCCUUUUAUUUAUUCUUAUUCUCUUUCUUUCUUUCUCUUCCCUUUUAUUUAUUCUUAUUCUCUUUCUUUCUUUCUUUUUCCUUUUAUUUAUUCUUAUCCUCUUUCUUUUUCUUUUUUUCCUUUUUUAUUCUUUCUUUCUUUCUCUUCCCUUUUAUUUAUUCUUAUUCUCUUUCUUUCUUUCUUUUUCCUUUUAUUUAUUCUUAUCCUCUUUCUUUUUCUUUUUUUAAUUUAUUAUUCUUUCUUUCUUUCUUUCUCUUCCCUUUUAUUUAUUCUUAUCCUCUUUCUUUCUUUCUUUUCCCUUUUAUUUAUUGUUAUUUCUUUCUUUCUUUCUCUUCCCUUUUAUUUAUUCUUAUUCUCUUUCUUUCUUUCUUUUUCCUUUUAUUUAUUCUUAUCCUCUUUCUUUUUUUCCUUUUUUAUUCUUUCUUUCUUUCUUUCUCUUCCCUUUUAUUUAUUCUUAUUCUCUUUCUUUCUUUCUCUUCCCUUUUAUUUAUUCUUAUCCUCUUUCUUUUUCUUUUUUUCCUUUUUUAUUCUUUCUUUCUUUCUUUCUCUUCCCUUUUAUUUAUUCUUAUCCUCUUUCUUUCUUUCUUUUCCCUUUUAUUUAUUGUUAUUUCUUUCUUUCUUUCUCUUCCCUUUUAUUUAUUCUUAUUCUCUUUCUUUCUUUCUUUUCCCUUUUAUUUAUUCUUAUUUCUUUCUUUCUUUCUUUUCCCUUUUAUUUAUUCUUAUCCUCUUUCUUUCUCUCUUUUUCCUUUUAUUUAUUGUUAUUUCUUUCUUUCUUUCUCUUCCCUUUUAUUUAUUCUUAUUCUCUUUCUUUCUUUCUUUUCCCUUUUAUUUAUUGUUAUUUCUUUCUUUCUUUCUCUUCCCUUUUAUUUAUUCUUAUUCUCUUUCUUUCUUUCUUUUCCCUUUUAUUUAUUCUUAUUUCUUUCUUUAUUUCUUUUCCCUUUUAUUUAUUCUUAUCCUCUUUCUUUUUCUCUUUUUCCUUUUAUUUAUUCUUAUUCUCUUUCUUUCUUUCUCUUCCCUUUUAUUUAUUCUUAUUUCUUUCUUUCUUUCUUUCUUUCUCUCUUUUUCCUUUUAUUUAUUCUUAUCCUCUUUCUUUCUCUCUUUUUCCUUUUAUUUAUUAUUUCUUUCUUUCUUUCUUUUCCCAUUCUAUUUAUUCUUAUUCUCUUUCUUUCUCUCUUUUUCCUUUUAUUUAUUCUUAUCCUCUUUCUUUUUCUUUUUUUCCUUUUUUAUUCUUUCUUUCUUUCUUUUUCUUCCCUUUUAUUUAUUCUUAUCUUUCAUUUUCUCUCAAAAAUAUUUUUGAUAUUACUUUUAUUUAUCCCUCAUCGAAGCGCAUCAUUUCUCAUUGUUUUUCUUAUUUCUGUGACCUUCUGUUUCAAACUUUCUCCAAACUUCCCUUACAAAACCCAUCAUGGUUGGCAGAUGUAG